CAAGAGACUCCUGGGUCGACACGUCUCCCGUCGGUAUCGAGUUCUAGAACGAGAGCCGAACCGUCUCCGAAAGCGGUUCACCCAAUAGACUGCCCCUCUCUUUUUCUCUCCCUUCUCCUCCCGUCACGAUAUUGAUUAAUCGAUUAAUCGACUAAUCAAUCAAUCAAUCAUGGAGCCCGAUGAUAUGAUUCCAUGAUCCUUGUAUUCGCAGCGACCCGUGUUUCUGGUUUCAUCUAUUUGUUUAUUUUCAUUUAUCGGUUUCCUCUUCGAGGAACACCCCCGGGAACCCUGGGCGGGAGAAAUUUAAGAUUAUCCACUGUAUGGCUGGCCACGUGUGGAUGUUCCCGGGGAUUCCAUAUAUUGCGAGACAGGGGGUAGCAUCGGUUGAUAGGUGUCUGACCUAGGUAUCGUCUCGUUUCUUCAUGUACAGAGUCUGGGGAUAUGUUGGUUUGUUUUUAUGGUUUACGCCUCGUUAUGUUUGUUGUAUGUUGG